AUGUCAGUCGAUGAUGAAGAUGAUGAGGAAAGCUGCUACCGUGACUUGGAGGACUUGAACGAUCACAUCUCCCUGAUGUACGACCAUCUUUGGUGUCGAGCCAGAGUCUUCGACAGCAAAGUGAUAGAAAUCUCAGAGUUGCUCUGCGACACAGCUGAGUCCGACUGGACGGACGAUAAGAAAAAAGAACUCAUCUUUAGAGCUAGGAAUGCAUUCCUUGCACGAAGAGAGCUUCUGUCAAUGCCAAGAGAUCCUGUUGACGAUGUUCGUAAGCCAUCACCAUGUGCUCACCCAGGAGGGACUGCUAACGAUGCCACUGGCGCAAAGUCAUCUAGAUGGACCCUGUUGGAUAGAGUAGAAGAUGUUCUUUCUCCAAAGAUUGGCAACUUGAUUCAGUUCCAAAACAAUGGUAUUUCACCAGGCCUUGUGCCCAUAGAUCCGCUACCUUCACCGCCACCCAAGAACAUACCCCUCAAGGCCGUCGAUGACGUUUUCCACCUCAGAAAGAAGAUCAGGGCGAUCCUCAACAAAGUUACCGUAAGCAACUUCGAACGGCUCAGUGGGGAACUUGCUGGUCUAGAGCUCGACACCCCAUGGGCCACUGACUUACUUCUUCACUUAGCAAUGCAGCGUGCCAUAGAGGAGCCCUUGUUUUCCGAGUUACACGUCAAGCUGCUCCUGGAAAUUCGCGCCCGAUACGUCAAGUCUGACGGGUUUUUGAACUUUGAAAGGGUUAUUUUCCGAGAUCAACUCGUCCACGAAAUUCAGCAAGAGUUCUCGGAAGCCCUAAUUGACUUGCGACUGCUCUUCGAAAUACCUUCUGCGGGGCCUAAGAGUCUUCUACGAGAGAGCAUAGCGUCUCGCCGCAACGAUGCCCUUCAGUGUAUGAGACUCCUGGGCUCUUUUUUCUGCAAGGGGCUGUUCACCCUGGAGACGCUAAAGAAGGUUGUUAAUCCCCUCAUCUUCGACUCUACUUCGACACCUCUUCCGUUCGAGGUGGAAUGUGCCAUAGUACUGUUAGAAAGUACUGGCAAGCAUUUGGACUUUGGCGAUGACCGCAGCAGGGCUUUCUGUUCUUGCGUGCUUGGACGACUCGUCAUGCUCAAGACAACUCUCAGUGAUCGUCGGUUGCGAAUCUUGAUAUUCAACUUAGAGAAGCAGCGAGAGUCCAAAUGGCGAGAAAUAGCGAGGAUUCGACGCCUCGGCAAUUCGGAGGGUCCGUCUGGUGGAUCCGGUGACAAACUGCGCUCAGCUACAAGGAAAAAGAAGGUCCAGGGUCUCAAGGGCAGCAAGUUCUUCGAGGUGUUCACGGAGGAGAGUUUCCGCGCGUGUAGAGACAUGUACCAGGAAGACGGCAGUUUAGAGAAGUUCGUGUCACAGGCUGAGGCCAUGAUCAAGCACGAUGCUUCAUGUGUCCGGAAUAUGGUUGACCUACUUCUUCGGUGGGGUCCAGCGGCUCUUCAUAAGAAGAAGUCUAAAGAGGCUGACUUGAUUGCUGAGUUGGUGCUGAGGGGCUUUCUGCCGUUCGAGCUCCUCGAUGAGACACUUCGAGCCUUCCUCCAGGACCUUGACGAGAAUUGCGCACGUACAAAUCCGACUUAUGAAUUCGUGGAGAAGUUGUACGCGGUCCUGCUCACGGCAGAUUAUGGGCACCCAGAUGGCCCUACACAAUUCGAUUCGGCAUUGUUUCUCUCAUGGGAGGUUCUGCACUCAGACAGUAAAGCCUUUGAUAUGGGUUUGGGAAUCCUGCGGCUUGUGAAGGAGCGUGCUGGUCUGGAGGGUGUGCGCAAGUCUCUGGCAGCACUACGACCAGUGGCGGGACCAUUUACUAGUGAACCCAUGAGGGUUGUGGCGGAGCCUGAAGGGUUCUGGGAUCCUCUACCGGAGCACGAGAUAGAUAAUACAGUAGACUGAGCUUGUAUCACAUACGAUUCCUUUAAUAAUCAUAGCGUGC